GUUCGUUCCUCGACAUCGCUCGACGCAAAACCCUCGACACUGGUUCUGUUUCUGGAUGCCAGCAAGUCUCUUCUCAAAUCCGAUCCAAUCCGAAGGAAAUGGAGGAAAAGCGCAGCUCCGAGUUGAAGAAGAAGCUACAGUUUUGGAGCUGGGGGUUUGCUUCUAUAAUCUUCAGACUAAUACUCAUCUUCUUCCCGAAAAACUUCAAUCUGGCCUCUCGUCCUGAAGUCUCCACUCCUCUCACGAGUCUUCGCCGCCUAGCUGAAGGUUACUGGUUGAAGCAGUCUUCGAUCUCGCCGUAUGCUGGUUCGAUGUAUCAUGGAUCUCCGCUUUUACUCUCGGUUCUUGGUCCCCUCACUGUUGAACGGAUUGAAGGGCCAGCCAAUCAUAUUAUUUGCAGUUUGGUUUUUGUGAUUGCAGAUUUUUUCACUGCAAUGCUUAUUCGUUUGAUUGGCAUGAACCUUCAGAUUGCUUAUAAUCAAAGCUUGAAGUCACUGGGCCUUGUUGGAUUGCUAGAAAACAAAGAGGUUCUUCCUUCUGGGGAUAUUGCUGCACUUGUGUACUUAUGGAAUCCUUUUACCAUAGUCACUUGUGUGGGGUUGUCUACAUCUCCACUAGAAAAUCUGGUUGUUGUACUGUCCCUUUAUGGAGCCUGUACACAAAAAAUUCCUUUGGCUGCUUUUGGAUGGGUCAUAGCUACACAUUUAUCCCUUUAUCCUGCAAUUUUGAUCGUACCGGUGAUAUUUUUAUUAGGUUAUGGUCCAGAUACUCCCCCUAGGAAGUUGUUCCUGCAAGUGAACUCCUGUAAAUUUGGAGAUAAUUCUUCAAGUGAUACCUCCUGUCAACACAAGGAUCUGACAAGUCAACAACUUGAAACAAUUUAUUUCUCAUGGAAAAAAGUUGUGUAUUUCUUCUUGUGGGCAUCUAUGUGGGCAUUUUAUGUGUUAGUUCUAUGUGGAAUUUCUGUUAAACAGUAUGGAGGUCUUCGGGAGAUGUUUAAGAGAACUUAUGGGUUUAUUUUGACAGUGGAAGAUUUGUCUCCAAAUAUCGGUGUUUUGUGGUACUUCUUUGCAGAAGUUUUUAAUUUUUUCAGGAAUUUCUUUCUGAUAGUGUUCCAUUUAAAUAUUCUGUUCAUGAUAUUGCCAUUAGCCAUACGGCUGAACCACAGGCCUUGCUUUCUGGCUUUUGUGUAUAUAUCAAUCUCCUCAAUGCUCAAAUCGUACCCUUCUGUUGGAGAUUCGGCUUUGUACCUUGGUUUGUUGGGCUUAUUUGUCAAUGAACUAGCAGAUUUGCAGUUCUCCUUUUUCCUCUUUUGUGGAUAUGUGGGUGUUUCUCUCCUUAGCCCUGUGAUGCACAACCUGUGGAUAUGGAGGGGUACCGGCAAUGCAAACUUCUAUUAUGCUACUGCAAUGGCUUACGCUUGCUUGCAGAUUAUUUUGGUGGUGGAGAGUGUGGGUACCAUGCUAAAUCAUGACAGGAAGAUAAGGAAGUUAUCAGCCACGAGUACUUGAGAUUAUGGAUUGUCUAGAACAUGCAAAGGAGCUUUUUAUGAUGGUUUGCUUUGGCUUGCUGUGAUGGAGGCUGCUACAGCAGAAAAAACUUGGAGGCAGCCACUUGAAAUAUGGUCCUCCUGACCUUACCAAAAAUUGAAAUAGAUUCUUGAUUAUCUUUUGUACGUGUUCUUGAUAUAAAAUAUAAAGGGUUAUUGGCAAUGCCAGGCAAGAUUUUUAUGGUUCUUCAGUCUAAUAGUUGAGUGUCCUGAUGGAUUUAGUGCAGAAAAUAGAAUAUCAGUUUUGCUUUUAGUAUCUAUCCCUCAUUUUCCGGGAUGUGCUUGUAUUUCUCUGAGAUUAUCUUUCUGGAAAAUGUUAUACGUUACCCAACUGAUCUAGGUAUUUGGCUGAAUCAUUGAUUGUGAUUGAUGUUUCAUUGCCGAGUAAAUCCACAUGCACAUCUUUUACUACGCUACUCUCAUACUGUACUUUGGUAAAAUCACUCUUGGAACUCCCUCUGAUGGUUUUGGGUCUUGUGUAGGUAGAAUCUGCUUGCUGCUUAAUGAAGAUGCAUACAAAGCACUACAGAACUGGGCCAUGACUUGCUAGUUCCAGGCUUGGCUUAGUUGUAAGAUUCUUCUCAUUAUCCCAUUUCUAUCAAGUUGUAGAGAUCUUUAUUUUGACAUUGUGGCCGUCAAUUGAGUCCGUCUGGGAACUUUGUUAUGAUAAUAAUAAACCAGACUGCUUUGUUCAA